AUGUCGUUACUAUCUAAAUUUACAAAUCUGUUUAAAUCAAAAGACGAUGUUUAACACUCUCUUUAAAAACUCUUGAAUCCUUCAACAACUAAUGAACUUCAAUUAUCAAUUAAGAGUUUCAAUUAACAACUCAAUAAUUAAACAAGUGCAGUGUUCGCUAUAUUGAGAUAGCGAGAAGCACUUGUCACGAUGGAUCCAAAACCAGAACAGUUAUUAAAUUUAUUAUUGGUUAUUCAUUCAAAUAUAUCAAAUGAAGAAAUUUGCGACUAAUUAAGAUAGGUUCCAAUUAUUUGGUUAGAUAGAUUGAUGACUGAAAAUAGAGAAAGUUUCAUUUAAAUUGAGAGAAUGAUUACAGAGCAAUCCACAAAUAGUUAUAUCCCAUAAUAGUUAUAAUAAUCGUAAAGUUAAUACCAAUAACAUUAAAAGAAAGAAGAAAAAAUAGAAGAUAAAAGAAAAGCGAGAAUUGAAAUGAAUCAAAAACUGCAAAAUCCAAUUCUAAAUACUGAGGCCGUCAAUAAUGCAGAUUCUCAUAAUUUAAAUCCAAAAAUUUAUCAAUCAAUUAAUAGAUUUAUUAAAGCAGUAGAAAUUUAAAAUAUCCAGAAGAUGAAUAAGAUUUCAUUUGGAUUUAUAAGACAUAGAAUGUAAAUGGGAUUAAAAUUGUUAUAAUGUCCAUAAAAAUUAUAUAGACCUUAUUAAUUAUUGAUUUAUUAGGAUCUCUUUUAUUUCUAAUCAUUUUUAAAAUAAGAAUUAGAAGUACAUAUAUUUAAGGAGAAUAAUUUACAUAUCUAUGAAGCCUUUUGUGAAUAUUAGAGAGCAAAAUAAAUUAUGGAGUCAUUUGAACCUAAAUAUAAAUUCAAAUUGAAUAUCAAUAGUUCAGUUAUAGAUGACUAUUAAAGAAAUGCAAUUAAACAAAAAGUGAAAUCUCAAUUUGAAGAAGAUUAAAAAAGAAAGAAAUAAUUAAUAAAGGAAAAUUAAGAGAAUAUUGACCAAUUAAAUUUCUAAGAUUUAGAUUCUAAUCAUGAUUUCGAGAGAGAAAUAAUAAUGAGAAAAUUCUUUGAUAAAGGAUAAUCAAAUCAGAUGAGUUUGGACGAAAUUUCUUUAUAGUUAAAAAUCAUAAACUCAUGA